AUGGCAACGAAUGAGUCAGUUUCAUCAACAAGAACGGAUCCUGUAGAAUUUGCUAAUCAAUCCCGAAAAGCAUUCAACCAUGAAAAUGUCAAUUUAGAAUCAUUAGAACUUGUUUGGUUAACACCUGAGCUAGAUCGUAAUACAAUAAUACUUGAAGUUCUGCGAAACAUUAUUCACUAUACCAAAUUCUUUGAUUCUAUAGAAGAAUGUAUACACUUUAUUGAAUUAAACAAAGUUACAACAACCUUCCUAGUUUGUGAUGGUUCGUUAGGUGAAAAAUUAGUUUCACAAAUUUACGACAUGAAGAAUAUUUAUGCAAUUUAUAUUUACUCCCAACAUGAGAAAUAUCAUCAAGAGUGGCUUGAAAAAUAUUCAGAAAAGGUAAUUAUAAUUUCUCAUAGGUAUGUAGUAUAG